ACAGCAGACGAAUACAUACAAAAAUUGGCUGAUAUGGCGAGCGGAAAUCAAAAAAAAGACCGUUCUUCGUUAGUCCACAGUUCCUUUUCCUUUGAUGCAUUUUGGGCCGUUGCUAUAGCUUUGAAUAACUCGAUCAAAACUUUAGACAAACGUAACAUAACCUUUGGAAGUAGAGCUGCCAAUAAAGUAGUGUUUGAAGAAUUCAGUAAAGUGGAGUUUAAAGGUAUAGGGGGUCCAUACUCUUAUUCCAACAGUUCGAAAACGAGAGACGGGACAAUUGCAAUAUUUCAGUUCAAAGAAGAAAAGAAAGUCCGGAUUGGUUUACAUGUUAAAAGAACAAAUCAGCUGACAUUUUUUAAUGAUACAAGCAAUCUGUGGCAAAAUGGUGCCGCACCCAAGGACAGUUCUACCGUCAGGAUAGUUGUCCUAACAAUUGACUCCAGAUUAUAUCUAACCGUGUCCACGGCGGCUUCAAUCGGCAUCUUACUGGGCAUUCUCUUAUUUACGUUCAAUUUGGUCUACGGAAAAUACAAAUUUAUCAAGUUAUCCGCGCCAUUAUUCAACAACAUUAUCGCCAGUGGAUGCAUCAUGUGUCUCACGUCUAUCUUCUUGUUUGGAGUUCAUGAUAUCUCAAACCCGGAAACUAACUUCGCUCUGGUUUGCAAGGCGAGAGCUUGGACUCUUACAAUUGGAUUCUCCUGCGCUUUUGGUGCGAUGUUUGUCAAAACCUGGAGAAUUUAUAAGAUAUGCACAAAUAAGAAGCUGCGAGUCAAGCUGGGUCCUUUAUCAGACUGGUAUCUACUAUCCCUUGUUGGUAUAAUCGUCGUUAUUGACCUUAUCAUCCUUAUCACGUGGGAACUAAGUGAUCCCAUCCAACACAAAGAGUUAAUAAUCGAUGAAAAUAGAAAAGAACCUGGUCAAACGUUCGUCUUAUUUACGGAUAUCAUCAGGACGUGUCACGCCGAGAACAUGGUCGUAUGGUUGACGAUAAUCUACGUUUACAAGGGAAUUCUUAUUCUCUACGGUCUUUUCCUUGCCUAUGAAACACGUAACGUUAUAUACGCACACCUGAACGAUUCGAGAGUCAUUGGGAUAUGUGUGUACAAUGUUGUCGUGCUAUCCGUGGUCGGCGCGUUUUUAUCACUUCUUUUGGAAUUCAAAAACUAUAAAGAAAUGUAUAUCGUAUUAUCAGUCUGUAUUAUUUUCCCAGCGGUAGCUACUAUCUGUCUUAUAAUGUUCCCAAAGGUGGCGUAUCGUUGUAAAACAAAUAACCUCGACGAUACGGAAACAAUAGCAAACGGGAUGACGACCGUACGCGCAUCAUUUGACGUCACAAGCACGUGUCGUCCAGUCAAUCCACAUCCCCCACAACCAGCACCGAGGGUCGAAAACACUCUACAGCCAACGUCGACCAAAGCCGCCGUACAAUUCUCAUAUCAGAAUGGAAUUGAUGAUGCACCAAGCGAAUCUCCUAAAUCUUCAAGCCAUUUGAGUAAGCGCGAAGUAUAGAUAUAGUAUUAAAUAAUAAUAAUAAUAAUAAUAAAUGAUAAUUAUGAUAUAAUAUAUAGUGUACUUAUAAUAUAUUAUCAUCACAAUGCUAGAACAUAGUGUCAAAGGUCAAUAGUCCCCUUCACAGUUCCCUGCGCCAUCUUGAAAGGUAGCCGUGCCUUUGCAUCGAAACGAGACGAACGGUGAGCUUGCAAUGAUAGACACCUUUUUUAACGCCUUGAACAAUGAUUCACAUGUCUCUGUCAUUGCAAGCUCACCAUUCGUCUUGCUUCGAUGCAAAGGCACAGCUACCUUUCAAGAUGGCGCAGGGAACUGUAAAGGGGACUAUUUGGGAGAUUUUUUAAAAACUGGCCUUCGACCAAGUGCUUGGUGCCCGAGCAAGUCAUAGGGAUCUACGACGGUCAACCAGAAGUGUAAAUAAUUUCACUUUUGGGUCUCGCACCUUCAAAGUCUGUCUUCCUUGUGGAUGAUUUGACUUUCCUGGCAAUUUCUUGAGUGAAAUCUCCAAUAAACAGAACCCAAAAAAUAAAUUAUUUAAACUUCCGGUGGACGUCGCCAUCGUAGAUUUUGCAGUCUCUUUUAGACAGUUACUGGACGGGCUGAAAGACAGUCACGUGUUACUUGCCGCAGAGCAAAUAGCCCGCGUAGCGGCUCUAGGGGAUUGGUGACGAGUGAAAAGGGAAGGGGAGAGGGGGAAAACCAAGGGGAUGAGUGGAGGCUCUCCUUUCUCUCUUCCCCCUUCCCUUUUCACUCUUCCCCAAUCCCCUAAAGCCGCCACGCGGGCUAGAGACCAAAAGAAGCGGGCUCUAGGAACAAGAUUACGUCUUGGAGGCCUAGUUGAUAAUGAAAUACUUUUCCAAUUGACAGUCUGUUAAUGAAGUAUGUAUAUAUUCUAAGAAUACGUCAAGUGUAAAUAACUACAUUUAUUUACCAUUGAUAGAAACGAGUGAGAGAUUGAGUGGGUAAUUUGUCGCGCGAAUACCGGGCAGAUCGUUUGGGUACACGGUUACCAUAGUGACUUUAGAAUACAAGAGUCUCGAGAAAGUGCUUGCCCAGGCCUCCCGCCAUAAGCUAGUACCCGGUUUCACACKCGUUGUUAUCAAGUGCAAUAUAUAGAGCGCCAAAAAACCUUGUGAAACGAGAAGCGCAAGAAUUUCAAUGGUGAGCGUUGAGCUCUAUUUUUCUCUAACCAUGUCUUAGAGUUGCGAUUGGAAAACGCGUAUCAGUGGAAAACGUCAGAUAUUGACUGACAGCACCUAGCAUUAAAAUGGCUUUCCAAUGUUUUUCUAGUAAUUAAUUAACCAAUCACAACUUGUGGUUGCGGUUACGGAAAGAUACGACACGUUAAUCAGAAGUCCAAUCAAGAAGUUUCUUAUCUUAUACUUGUAACAUAGAAAGGUAGAAUGUUUCACGAGGCUUUGAAGUAGAGUAACACAAUACAGUCCUUUGACUAAACUUUGUCGUUGAUCGGAUCAUCCCUACGCGCCUAGACCGAAAAAGGAUAACGGGUAAAUUACCCAGAACUUGUGUCAUCCAAACUACUCGCCAGUUUAAAUC